AUAUAAAAUUUUUAGUUUCAUAAUGACGUUAUUAUUUUAGAUAAAGUUUUGUUUAAUAUAACUAAAAAUAGAAAUAUUUCAAAAAUUUCGUGAAUUAAAUGUGAUUUAUCUUUUAUUAUGAAAAUAAUGUUGGAAAUGAAGUUAAAUACUCUUAUAUCAGUUACAAUAUAACCUAUUUGUUUUCGUUAAUCAUUAAAAAUUUGGAGGAAUACUCCUACGCUAUAUCCCAAAACGCUAAAAUAAAAGUGCAAAUAUGCCGGAACAGAGUAACGAUUAUAGGGUUGUUGUUUUCGGUGCCGGUGGGGUGGGCAAGAGUUCGUUGGUUUUAAGAUUUGUGAAGGGGACAUUUCGUGAGAGCUACAUUCCUACUAUUGAAGACACAUAUCGACAAGUAAGAAGGCACCUUGGAGGCUUAUUUUACGUUAACUCAUUUUGUUAUCAGUUCUGUUUAUACUGUUUGCUACCUACUUGAUGUAUUUUAUUUAUUUUUGGCUUGAUGUUUCUAAUUUGGUUAUAAGUUGCAACAAGAAUAUAUGCACGCUCCAAAUAACAGAUACUACUGGCUCCCAUCAGUUUCCAGCUAUGCAGAGACUUUCGAUUAGUAAAGGGCAUGCAUUUAUACUUGUCUACUCAGUAUGCAGUCGUCAAAGUUUAGAAGAAUUGCGGCCCAUUUUUGAUGUAAUUAGGGAAUUGAAAGGACCUGAUUUGAGUCAAAUUCCAAUUAUGUUGACUGGUAAUAAAUGCGAUGAGAGUGCUGAAUUAAGAGAGGUGAGUACAUCUGAAGGACAAGCACAAGCAACCGAAUGGGGAGUCAGUUUUAUGGAGACUUCAGCCAAGACUAAUCAUAAUGUGAAACAGUUAUUCCAGGAACUCCUUAAUCUGGAAAAAUCUCGUAACGUCAGUCUCCAAAUAGGAGGCAAAACCAACAGCAGGGUUGCCAAAGAUAAGUGCGAUCUUAUGUAAAAGAUCUAACCAUAUUUUAAGAUGAUUUCUAUCAAGUCUUACCGAUGAUCUUUCAUUCUUUGAAUUAUUUCUUAGCAUUGCAAUACACUGUUUAAGGAAGAAGUUUUUUUAUUAGUCUACAGUCAUUGCUCGUGUAUUUAUUCCCAAAAAUAUACGAGCUGCUAACAGAUUUUUUAACAAGAUUUAGAUUUUGAUCUAUUUUUGAAAUGAUUUUUUCAAAAAUAAUGACCAUAUUUUUAUUACUAAUAAAUUUCAAUCGAUACAAAAAUUUUCAAAUAAUAGAAGCGAUCAUCAUCAAAAACAUCCUUAAAUUUGUUGAUUCGCAUGUUUCUCUCUAGAAUUUGGACAAAAAAAACUGUCCUUGAACAAUGUUUCGCAAUCUAUAAGCAAUAAAUUGAAAAAUAUUAUUUGUUAAUUGUGGUUUUAGUUUUCGAAAAUUUAUACAGUACUAGCGAAAUACACUUUCACGUUUACCAAGGUAUCACUAAUCGUUUAAAAUAAAAUCUUUUUCAAUACCAUGUCAUAAAACAUCAAAAAAUAAUAAUUUAAAAAUUUUGAUUCUUAUAUUCUCUUGUUUUCCUGAUGUUAUUCUAAAUAAUCUGUAAUUAAUACUAAACAUUGACUAUUGCUUUUACUCAUCACUUUCAAACUACUUUAUACAUUUUUAAAAAAUGCAUGUUGUCUAUAAUACAUAGUUCAGUGGAUUGUUCAGGGAAAUUUAAGGCAAGCAAACUUGCAACUUUUUGUUCACAGUUGAAAGUGGAAAUGACCUGGUUAGUGACGAUAAACCAUCUUCCAGAAUCUUCUUUUCAGAUUAGAUAACAUCUUAUACUGAUAAGGCACAAUUUCAAUCAAAAA